CCCUUCUUCUUCUUUUUUUUUACUCCAAGACAGACCCUGGGUGCGUGCAGCAUAGACAUUAAAACAAAGGGGUGUGUGCCAUAGAUAUUAUUUAUGCGUGCGACCACCGGCUGAUUUCAGUUCCGCAGCACUGUGCUGUGAGGACAAGACUCAAGCAGACAGGGCGUAGCUAGGAGCGUGUCAUAUUACAUUACACAAAAAACCCUUUCGGUUAGUUAGUACCAAAUUGAAGUCAGAAGACAAGGAAACCUCAAGUCCCGAGGAUGGCGUUAGUUGUUCACGUUCUAGUGUUUUUGGGGACUUUUUUGACAAUCUCAGCAGAUCGUGAUUGUAAGGGUUACAACGAUGGCUUUACAUAUCACAGUUCGCGCGACUGCUACCACAUUGACUUCUGCUGUGGUACUUGUAAUUCGCGAUAUUGUUGUUCGGAUCCUUCAGAUCGUCUCAGUGAGGAUGACCAAGAUCAAUGUGAAACGUAUGCAGGGUUUUCUGGCGUUUCAAACACAAUCCAGAUCACUGGGAUUACGGCAGCCAUCAUCACCAUCAUAAUUUUCAUCAGUUGCUGUGUGUGCCCCUGCUGCUGCCUGUAUAAAUUAUGCCGCAAGCCCAGACCGGUGAUAGCAACUACCACCCACACAACAACAGUGGUCACUUCACCAUAUCCUCAAAACACCACCCCUGCCCAACAGUAUCCAGGAUACCAACCUGUGGCACCACAGCCUGGAUAUGGAACCCCAGCAGGGUAUGGGGGUCAAUCCAUGCCUAGUGCACCAUAUCAAGGACAACCCUAUGCUGCUGGACCACCUCCUCCUUAUCAAGAGAGUGCUGGCCCUGGCCCUGGCCCUGGAUAUCCUGUGAACUACAGCCAAGCAGCAUUCUCUCCAGGUCAAGAGUCCUACCCCAUGCAACCGCCAGUGCCGGCAGGUUACAUGGCCCAGCCUCCUCCACCCGCAGAUUUAAAUGCCAUGCAGCCUGCCUACAACCCUGCCUACAUUCCUCCACCUUCCAAGUCUGCCUACUAAACAUUACAUGUGUUCCUAACCAGGCCACAAUAUGGAUGCCCCCCACCCCCUUCCUUUUUCUGUAGACUGGUCAUAUUUCGGAUCUGAAAUAUAAAUCCCUCAUGCUGAUCUUUGACACUGCUAUUAAUGUGAAGUGGCAGCCUCUUAGAAAGCCCUCUGCUUUUUCUUCUCUAAGUAACAUUUCAGUGUUUUUUUCUGUUCUGUAAGGUAGUAAACAAAAGGGAAUAUAUGUCUUGUUGUAUGCAAGUCACAUUUUUGCGCAACCAUUGCAAGAAUUGUUAGCUAUGUCUAGCUUAAUUUUAAUUGUAUGCACUGAAGUGAAUUCUAAAGGAAAUGUUUACAUUUGUCACUUUAUUUUAGUAUAUAGAAUUCUAUGACGUGCUUUUAAGUUAUUAUGUGUACUUCUGAUUGUGGAGGGGCUAAAUUGCAAGUGACAAGUUUUCUCCAUCAACCAAAUGAUAUGGAAGUUCAAUCUCAAAGCUCAAUUUUCCUCAGAAUUCUCAGGUUAUGUUAGGCCUGAAAUUGUUCAUGGAAUUGGUGGUAUUCUGUAGUUUUUCUUUUUCUUUUGAACAAGUUCCACAAUAUGCCUUAUUUCUUUCUUGCUGUACAAUGUUAGAUAUUAGCUAAUAUAGGAGCAAAGCCAACCAGUGCUUUGGUUAAGCUAACUAAGUUUAACUCAAGGGACUGAUUUCUUCAGUAUGGAAGCCUUUUCAAGAUGCCAUUUUAGUGUCAACUUAUAGUUCAUAUUUUUUGUGAAUAACAUUGUCAAUUACAAAUUGUAAAAAAAAAAACAUUUUAUAUAUUGUGUGUCUUGGUCAAAGUAUGCAUUGGGCUCAGAUAUUGUUAUCGCAGCAUUAAACAAUACUUUAUUUUGAUCACACAAGUUCAGUUGGUGAAAUAUUUGUGGAAGUGGUGAAAUUGGUUGCCUCAUAUCCUUACCAGGUCAAUGAUCAAAAUAUUGUGUUGGCAUUACAUUUUAUAUAGUUUAUCUGGAAAACAGUUUACUAACACAAGUUUUUGAAGAUUUGCACAUACUUAAAAAUAAAACAAAGAAAUCCCAAAACAUUCUAACUCCUGGUUUAAGACUGGCUAAUCCCUACCAGUGCCAAGGGCAUUUCCUCAAUGGACAUCCUUUGUUUAAUGUUACAUUGAGAUGUAUUGGCUGUAAAGUGCCUUCUUGUCUGACAGCCCACUCAACAUUUUACUAUUUCUCUAUUGAGAAUGUUUUUUGAAUACUUAAUGCACCAUGGACAACAUCCAUAACACACUUGGCCUGCAUGGCUUAGACAUUAGUGGAAAUUGUUGUGAUGAUUUUGACACUCCAACCCAGCCUUAAUUACACAUACAGUUAUGUAAUGUUAACUUGCAUAUACAGGUACAGCAAAAAAAGAGAAUAUGGUGGAAAACUUCAUUGUUUCCCGUAAUUUAUUUCAAAAACUGGAACGUUGGUAAUCUAGAUUCAUUACACACGAAGCAAAAUAUUUCAAUCAUUUUCGUUUUAAUCUUAAUUAUUAUUAUGGUUUAUAGUUAAAGGAAAUCAAAAAUAUAGAAUUUCAAAAUAUUACAAUAAACCUGUGAGAUGAGCUCUGAUCAGCUAAUUACCGGUAAGUCGAAUCACUGGCAAGGUUUCCUGAGCUUUUAUUCUCUCUGUCUGGUCAGGGCAACGGACUUUUCCAUGAUAUUAUAUAUUUUUAGAUGCACCUGUAGUUAAUGAAAGACAGAUUUAAGUGGUAUAUUUGCAAUGCAAUGCUAUUUUAUAUCCUUCAACACAUUUCUAUGUCAACAAAUAACAAAUAAAGAACAUCAUUUUAA